GGCCCUGUUACUCAAACGCUGCCUCCACUCUCCUCGCUUGCAUCUCACGGACCAUGGUUAGUAGACCGCUCAAUCGCCGAAACAUGGAGGUAAGAUUGAGUUACCUCCAUGCAUCGAAAUCACCGAUCUUCGACCCAUGUGACAGAGGAUACGAUUUGUAAUGUCCAUUCUCUCUAAGUCCAUGUCCCGAACGGCGUGAAAUCGCAGAUGGAUCAGUAAAGUGUCCAUAAAAUUAAAAAUAACGCAUGCGUACAUUCGAACUCAGUCUACUUCUCGUGCUGUCAUUUCGGCUAAGCUUGGGCAACAGUGUUGACAUUGUGAGGAUCGAUGAUCAAUAUUAUUUAAGUAACUCCAAUCGAUGUUAAUUAUUUUCUGUCGUUCGUAUGGUGUGCAUCUUGAUCGAAAAGUACAAUGAGUUCGAGCGAGGAUGAAGUUCAUCGAGAUAUCAAACCACACAUCAUUGAUAACACGAGUGCAAGUGAGGAUGAAUAUAUAAUACCAGAUAUCGCUGAAACUAUGAUGAGUUCGAGUGAAGAUGAGACUGAUCAAUGCACACCAUCAGAUUUUGUUGAUGAGACGAAACAUGUAUUAAUAAAUACCUUGCCUGCAAAAUCGCGUACAAGAUACGAGUCCAUUUAUGAUAAGUUUGUCGAAUGGAGAAAAAAAAAAAAUACCACAUCAUUUUCGGAAAACGUACUGAUGACUUAUUUCAAUGAGUUAUCUAAAACUCUUAAGCCAUCUACCUUGUGGUCACAGUAUUCGAUGUUGAAAAGUACAAUUAUCAGUAGAGAUGAUAUUGAUAUCAGCAGUUAUACGAAUUUGACCGCAUUCCUCAAACGACAGGCAACCGGAUUCAAAAGCAAGAAAUCGAAGGUGUUGACUUCGCAUGAUGUGGAAGAAUUUCUUAAUAAAGCUCCAGAUAUGAAAUAUUUAGCAACGAAGGUUGCUCUAGUCUUCGGAGUGGCUGGAGCCUGCCGAGGGAGAGAGCUCUGUAACAUAACGACAAGCGACAUCAAUGACACCGGCACUAUGGCAGUAAUAACGAUACCACAGGCAGAAACAAAUGUUCAGAGAACUUUCUUAGUUAUACAAAACUUUUAUGAUAUUUUUAAAAAAUACAAGGCCCUUCGUCCACCUGAUGCAGCAACAAAUAGAUUUUUUCUAAAUUAUCAAAAUGGCAAAUGUACUCAACAAGUUAUUGGGAUUCAUAAAUUUGGUAAUAUGCCAAAGGAAAUUGCUGCAUUCCUAAAUUUGUCAAAUCCAAAAGACUACACUGGACAUAGUUUUCGGCGAACGUCAGCCACUCUACUUGCAGAUACUGGAGUGAAUAUAAGAAGGUUGACAAAUCACAUUGGAUGGAAAUCCAAUCGAGCGGCAGAGGAACAUAACGACGAUUCGCCGGAUGAUAGAAACGAAAGUUUCAAACGAAUUACCGAGUCAGGGGACAUGGAGCCAUCAACUCCUAUCGCUUGUAACAGUUCUGUAGUAGAUUCUACUCUCGAAUUACCAUCUUCUACGAAACGAAUAAAACAUUCCAAUGAUGUUGCAAAUAUCGCCAAAAUAGUAACACCCGGAACUGCCUCUUUAACUUUUAACCGUUGCUCCAAUAUCACAAUUCUACAGGAUUCAACAUCUAAAAAUGGGUCUUUGACUUUCAACGAAUGCUCCAAUAUUACAAUUGAUUUCCGUGAGAAGAAAUAAAUGAAUAGUUUUUCGACAAGA